ACUACGUGGGAUUCAUAAAGAAAACGUUGGUGUUGGCGAAAAGAUAUGACACGAUUCAAAAACUGCGUUUAGAAAUCCAACCAGUCACGAAAGGAUCGAGCAAGAGGGUUAAGCUGUCGAAACUUGGCCGAACUUUACUUUGGGCAAGUAGGAAGCAGAAAAUACUCAAUAUUCUUGAGGAUACAUUCCCCAAUUGUAUGCCAGUAGAUGACCUGGUCAGAGAGUUGAAUUAUGAGCGCAGUGAUCUGAUGACGGUGGCAGUGUUAUUGCGAGACUUGGUUGAAAGAGGUCUCAUUAAGGAGAUCGAGGCCGGCAAGUGGAUGAGACUCCAGCGAUCACAGAGAGGAGAACAACAUGAAUUCAAAGUUGUCACAAAUAUUCCGAUUCUGUCUGGACGAGAACAACCUACUGUUGCAAUAGUGACAGUUUUCUUUUGUGAGAAGCUGGCAGUUGAUGCCAUGUUGUCUGGUAAAACUACAUAUGUUAAAUACAAAAUUGAAGGUGAAGCCCAAGUUUAUACAAUUGGCACCAUAGGAAACACGAAAGUGGUUUCAACGAAGUUACCAAGAAUCGGAAUGGCUCGAGGAGCCAAGAUUUCUGCUGGCAACAUGGUCACCAGACUUCUAGGAACAUUUGGAAAAGUAGAACACGUGUUUCUAGUAGGAGUUGGGGGUAUGGUUGACAGUAUCAAUGCGGCUAAUAACUCAAACAUACAAUUGGGAGAUGUGGUAUUAUCUUCUCCCGACCGUCGCUAUCAGACGUAUGUCCACUGUCCGAGUGUUUCUGUAAGCGAGAGGACGAAGCGGGCAACUUUCGACACAAAGGGUUGGGGACCUACAAGCAGCGUCGUUAACCGCCUCCUUCGUAAAUUAUCAAAACAGGGGGAUAACUCACACUGGCAGCACAUUUUGGAGCACACUCAACAUGAAUUACAGUGGGAGGAAAUCCGAUUUGUCAAACCUAUAGUGAAAAAUGUUCGCUUUGAAUCAACCGAUGACGACAUAGAAGACAGAGCUCCGAUCUGUCAUUAUGGACUUGUGGGCUCUGCCGUUAAAGAAGUGAUGGCCGAUAGAAAUCUUCGUCAAGGCUUCGCAAAAGAAAAUCAUAUUAUAGCUUAUGAUUACGAGUUUUCAUCCGUUUUAGAAUCCAUCGAAGGAAAUUGUAUUAACAGCUACGUCAUCAUCCGGGGCAUUUGUGACCGCUAUGAUGGCUCUAAGAGGAAAGACUGGCAACCGUAUUCCUCCCUCACUGCAGCGGCGUGUAUGAAACAUGUAAUCAUGACAAUGGAAAAUGUAUAAAUCAUGACUUCAGGAUCUUUCGAAAACUCGAGAGUGUAGACAGCACCUAUUAUUCUAACGAGAGGCACGAUGAAGGGGAGUAAUGACAAUGGGACAAUUGCUCGGAGAAUUCACAAUCAGAUAAUGUUUUUAUAUAAGACUUGAUGCAGCUUAAGUCACAUAAUCUCACCAAAAUGGUAUGCAAACAAGGUGAUAUUAAGGUUGAAGCACUUACUACUAACAAUAUUGUUUAAUAACCUAAUAUCGUGUUCGAAAUUAGAUUUGCGAGACGCAUGAGCUCCUUGCAUUUAUCCAUUUAUGUACAGUUUUGUAGAUACAAUUUUCAAAAGUGGAACAAAUUUUGAAGACGUGGUCAAGUGGAAAGGUAGUAGUAGCAGUAGUAUAUGAUUCUGUAUACUAACUGACUAUAUACCUUUAUUAAUUCAGUUACAAAAAAGUAUAUAUGUCGAACAUGUGUAAGUAUUAAGCCUAUCCCUCAUAAAAUGUCCUUAAAGUUUUUUAUAAGUCACUGUUGAUGGAAAAUGAAGUUUUAUGUUUUUCAUGUAGAUUAAACGAAUAAAUACAUUAUAAUCAACAGGCGACAUGUAUGUUUGUAGGUACAGUAUGUAUCAUUUUUUCAAUCAUAUCAAAAUCUGGAAUUUAUCGAAAAGUGAAAAAUAAAAACAGUACAGAAAUCGCAUACAAAACAAGAUUCCAAAAGUGC